AACAAAAAUCUCAAUCUGUUACAGGAGGGGCUCAGGGCACAUCGUGACUUUAUUGCAUCUGCCGCUGGUCGACCGUUCGGGGCCCUUUGCUCCAUACACCGAAGCUAGAGGCCAAGAGUGGACCGCUGACAACCCCGCGCCGAGGUCGCAUUAAGCUCAACGGCAAUGGAGGGGCUCAAUUCGCUCGUUCGGGGUGAUUUGUGGGGAGCAUGUCCUCUGAUGCUGUUUAGUUGCCAUGCCAUUUGAUCAGAUGACUUGUAAUUGCUUGGGGUAAAGAGAAUGACACCAACAACACACCUGACUGACCAACUGGUCGCAAAAGCACGAGAUUCUCACAUUCAAUAUCGCUAUGGGAAAGAUAGCAAAGAUCGAAUACUUCCGAGUACCACCUCGCUGGCUCUUCGUCAAGAUCACCGACGAGGACGGGAACUUCGGUUGGGGCGAGGCAUCUCUCGAAGGCCACACGGAAGCAGUUGAAGGAUGUCUCGAUGCAUGGGGCCAACGCUACACCGGCUUUGAAGCAGAUGAAAUCGAGCACAUCUGGCAAACGUCAUGGCGCACAUCAUUCUACCGCGGCGGCCCCGUCUUCAUGAGCGCACUCGCAGGCAUCGACAUCGCCCUCUGGGACCUCAAAGCGCGCAAACUAAACGUGCCCAUCUACCAACUUCUCGGCGGCAAAGUGCGGGACAAGCUGAAAGUGUACGCUUGGAUUGGCGGCGACCGCCCAGGCGACGUGAAAGCCCAAGCACAAGCGCGCAAAGACCAGGGCUUUACGGCCGUUAAGAUGAAUGCCACAGAGGACUUGCACUGGCUCGACUCGCCAAGAGCUUUAGAAUCAGCAGUCGAGAGACUCAAGACGGUGAAAGAGCUAGGUAUGGACGCUGGCAUGGACUUCCACGGGCGCGUCCACAAACCCAUGGCCAAACAACUCGCCCGCGCUCUAGAACCCCACCACCCCUUGUUCAUCGAAGAGCCGCUCCUCUCCGAACAUAUCGGCGCUAUCAAGCAACUCAGCCAAACAACCACCUGCCCCAUCGCGCUCGGCGAGCGCCUGCACAGCCGGUGGGAUGUGCGUCCUUUCCUGGAAGCGAACUGCGUGGACAUCAUCCAACCAGAUAUUUCGCACAUCGGCGGGAUAAGUGAGAUGAAGCGCAUCGCCAGCAUGGCCGAGACCUACGACGUCGCGCUCGCGCCGCACUGUCCUUUAGGUCCGAUUGCGCUGGCCGCGUGUGUGCAGGUCAAUGUCACAGUUGCGAAUUUUGCGAUUCAGGAGAUGAGUCUGGGCAUCCAUUAUAAUGCCGGUAGUCAGGAUCUGACGAGCUAUACGAAGAAUCCUGAGGUGUGGGAUGUUAAGGAGGGGUAUAUUGCGUUGAUGAAGGGGCCAGGGCUGGGGAUUGAGAUCGAUGAGGAGCAGGUGAGGAGGUUGAGUAAGGAUGCGGUGGCGUGGGUGGUCCCGGGAUUUAUUGGGCCGGGGGGUGAGGUGAGGGAGUGGUAGAGUGGUAGUGGAUUGGUGAGAUGGCUAGGUCGGAGAUAUCGCUACUGGUUCCCUAGCACUGUAGCCAUGCCAGCAUUGCAGCUGGCAUCAACGUCCAUAUGACUUC